AUGACGCGGGCUGUAUUUCAGUGGAUUUAUCAAAGUGUUUCCUUUGUCUACUGUCUUUUAAUUAUAUGUUUAGUCAUUGUGGAGAUCCGGCACCAUCGAGUCUAUGCGUGGUGAAUUUCCCUCUGGUCUGUAGUGUGGCAAUGAUUAUGCCUAGUGAUGGCGAAGUUCAUAUAUUUUCCGGUAAUUCAACGAUUUUAAAUAGGAUAUYUCAACGAUAGCCGAAGGCAGUUCAGUUGAGUUGCCUCGAAAAACUUGACUUCGACGCAAAUCCAGGCUAAUACAGUCAAUGUGACAAACCCCGCUGUCUUUGCCGCUAAGGAAGAAUARUGAAAUUGURAUUUAKCAACCUCGGCUGUGCAAUGAAGUUCGCAUCUCUUUAAUGCUGUAAUCUAACAAGACGAUUGCCUAUAGCGAUAUGCGUAUAUGACAACUCCUCAGAUGGUGAGAAUAAUGAUUCAGAUAUAACAAAGAUUAUUUAAUGGCUCGGAAGCUUUUACGGCAUUCAUACGUAAUUGGCACAAGCUUUUAAUUGACAAAGCUCUCGAUUAGAACCUCCUGUACAAGCUUUGUGACAGUAGAGUAAGGAACAAAGACUAAAGUCCAAGUCCUAUAGACUCCAAAUGCUGGCCUUUUAGCAACACGCAAGCGCCCCAAGCCAUCGUUGAGGGAGGUUAAGUCCCGUGUUGUUUUCCAAAUCAAGAGACUCUCGAAUGGAAAGCACUGACAAUAGCUGAUGCGCUUUUAAGAGAGAAGACAAUUUCUUCGAGAUAAAGCAAGAUUAGUUCAUUUUCAGUGMCACAGAAGACUUAAAACGACGAAUUAGAUACCCAGACAACCAAGUCAAAGGUUUGCGUUUGAAAUCCAAAACUACAAAUAAUGAACUCAAGUAACGAAAGCUUGCCAGUAUUGAGUGACAUGGCAUUCACUUUCCGUGUGAUGCGUUGGACUCUUUAUCCUUUAGUCAUGUUUUCAGGGAUUUUAGGAAAUAUUGUUGUUGCUCUUGUAAUUACCUUGAAUAGACCAAGAGACUUAAAGCCGUCAGUUCGGUACUUCAUUCUUAACUUGGCGAUAUCAGACCUGAUCGUUCUUGUGAUGUUUAUACCUUUUGACUUAGCUUACUUGGAGAUGUCGAUCUGGGUGUUUGGUGAAGCAAUGUGUAAAAUCGUGAAUACCUUGAAUUAUGCAUUUGUGACUGUGUCUGGUACUACGCUUGCUGCAAUCAGCCUCGAUAGACACCGCUCAAUCGUGUAUCCUAUCAAGAAACCUUUGAGUACCAGGAUGACCAAARCUGUUAUCGUCCUUAUAUGGGCAUACUCCAUUAUAACACUAGUGCCAUUCAUCGACUCUCUCCACGUUACUGAUCAGCUAAAUUGUAUCAACGACAGAAACUGGUGGCCAAGCGAGCUWGCAUUUCAGCUAACGUUUUUAUUCAGCUUAUUGGUUCCAGGAUGCGCCAUCCCGCUUCUUUGUAUCGGGCUYUGCUAUAUCUCGAUUGGUGUCAGCUUGAACCGACAAAGUAAAAGGCGCUCAUUUCGAAUAAGCCACCGUACUAGGCAAAAUCGUAAGACUAUAAAAGUAUUGACGUCUUUAGUGGCAGUAUACGCCAUAAGUAUCUUGCCUCAUUAUAUCAUUCUAGCCAUGGCUAUUUUCAAGCCAGUGCAGACAGCACAAUUGCCGUUCAUCCACGAGGCGCACGAGUUCAGUCGUCUCAUUAUGACAACAAACAGCUGUCUCAAUCCUAUCAUGUACAGCGCUAUAAGUAAAGAGUUCAGAGAUCGAAUGAGAUAUAUAUGUUGCAGGAGAAGGCUUAUGAUGAGAGGGAACGUGAAUCCGGUCAACGUUCCAGUCGUUAGGCUGAACUAUUUGACUCCGCAUCAGUUAUAAGUAACUCAGAAUGGCAGUAAUUCUCAUUUGGUGUUUCUAAGCAAGGUCUAAACUACUUUAGAGCUGCUAAGACCUAUUAAAAUUGGCAUCCUUGAACAAGUAACGAAUGUUACAUGGACAGGAGGAGCCGAAGGGUUCCUGGGAGAAAUAUAUCUGUUCUUAUGUCCCAGCCAGCUGUAAGUCACAACUGKCUGCCAGCGAGAAAUUCAGGAAAGAAACUCUC